AUGCUCCCGACUCCUCCCAAUUCCAUUUCUCCUACUCUCCCUCCUCACAAAGGUCGUACCAACCCUCCCCCAGGCUCCGACCACCCUCCUGCGAUCCGGUUGGAUUCGGACUCCGGGAACGCCUCCGAGACUCCUGCCGAGCCCCCUCAGGCUCUGUCGAGCGCCGCGCUGUCCGGCCUCGAGGCCGCAGGAGCCAUCUCUCCGUCGAUGCUGGCGACCCAUCAUCUCCCGGACAUCCUUCUCAACAACGGUCCGGUCGCUAUCCGACAUGUGCUGAGUCAUCUGACUCAGACCGUCCCCGGCUUUUCGCGCAUCGCCCCUCCAAAAGCCCGUCGCAUCGUCGUCGCGGCACUCGAAGGUCGCGCCGGUGGCGGACAUCAUGGCGAAGUCGUCUUCGAGAAGGUCGGGUGGGGUCGUUGGGAUGCGCGCUACCGUGACCAACCGCCGAAGGAGCGUCGCGAUCUCGACCAUCACGGCUCACACCAUUUGAGCGGUUUCGAUGGAGCCUUGGGUGCUUCGCCUCCCGCGAGUACGUCCGGGUCCUAUGCCAUGUCCAAUGCUGGCGGAUUGCAAAUCCCAAAGGCGCGUUGGGGAUUCAACGGUCGAGGCGUCGGCAGCUGGGGAGCGGACGACAGCGUUCUUUCGUACCAUGAGGAGGAAAUGUUGGACAUGCAUAUGGCCGAGCACGAAGCCGAUAAGAUGUCGCUGGACGGCUCGGUUCAUGAUGGUUCGUCUGUGGAGCCGGACGACGAUCUGCCGAUCAUGGAUGAUGAUCUGGGCGAAGAAACGGACGAGGAAGACUGGGCCGGCAUCGGAGCGGAAGCCCUCUAUGAGCGCUCCAACAUGAGCACGAGUGGCUAUCGCAACUACAACCAGCUCUCGCGAUCCUGCACCGCCCGUGUCAAACCAAGCGUCGGCUACCCUGGCACUCGCCGCCCAUCCUGCAUCUCCAAGGCGUCGUCCGGCCGCGUUCACCUCUUUCAUUCUUCUCGUCACGCAUCUCGUGUACCGUCGGGUUCCCAUCCCGGAAAUAAGGCCACCGCCGCACACAGCGCGAGCCCGAACCCUCCCCCGGCGACGAAUGCGACGGUCUCCAACUCUCAAGAGCGCGCCGCAAUUGAGGCGCUCCUCUCUCUUGGGAGUAUGUAA